AUGGCGGUGGACAAUGAGAAUGUUCAAGCCCCCUACAACUAUCAGCAAGGAGAGGAUGGGAGUCACUACGAUUUUGGGAACCAAGGAGAGGAUUUGGACCCUGGAAGUGGAACUUGGAAUGAAGAUAGUGAGGCCAAAGUAAUCGAUCACUUUCCAGAGCCUCCGCUGGCUUUUGAGGAGAGCUAUACAUUUUUGGGCCUAUUCGAUGCUGAUGAAAACAGCAUCUAUCGCAAAACAAAUCUUUACUAUCCAUUUAGUGGUCGCAGGGAAUGGAAACUUGCUGCAUGGCUUCUGCAUUCGGGCUUGAGCAUGGAGAAAAUAAAUUCUUUUCUAGCGCUAGAGAUGCAAAAGAGCUACGAGGUCGAGCUGAAUCACUGCCUAGCGGUGUCAUGCAUGCCACUUGAUUACAUCAGUGAGCCAUUCAGAUAUGUUUUAAGGAUGGUUUCUAAAAUGUAUAUAAGGACUCCAUUCUCACAUAAUAUACCCUCAAGUAAGAAGACAGCGGUCCGCGUUGGAAGUCUCAACAUGGGACAGAAGCUCUCUCGGAUAUAUACCGAAUGGAUGAUGGGUGAUCAUGCCUGGGAGAUUCAGGUGAUCGUGUUGCGCAUCCUCUCCUUAUCAGUCUCGCCAAUAUCCACAUGGCUACGCGGCUCAAAUCAUCAUUCGAACACUUUCCUUCUCACUGCCUUACUACCGGUCUCAAAAUUCGUUCACAAGAACAAACGGAUGAGAGGCGUGUUGCAAGAUCGGCUCAUUCAUCAUUGCUUGAAUGUUGUGCUAGAACUGCUGAAGUUGGCUGCUCAACACGGUGUCAUGUUGUCAGAUCCCAUCAGUCGCAGUCAUUACUGCUUUACCAUACUCGCUAGUUAUAUUGCCGACACUCCUGAAGCCAUGAUGCUAGCGUGCGUCGACGAUCUCGAGGGAUUCUUCCGUGAAGCGCAGAAGUUUCGCCUAAAUGGCGUGGAUAAACCAUUCUGGUGGGACUGGCUCUUAGCAGAACCCUCCCAUUUUUUUACACCUGAAUCACUGCACCACAUUCACAAGGAGUUUUGGGACCAUGAUGCGCAGUGGAUUAUCCUUGCAGUGGGAGGGUCUGAGAUUGAUUUUCGAGUUUCUCAAUUACACAGCCCACUACUGGUUAUCGGCACUUCUAUUCAGGUUACCAGUCGUUGCCACCGAGACGUCCAACGCUCAAUCAUCGCAGUCAGUGCGGAUGCAGCACCUCCUGGUGUUAUCAUUGCUUCACCAUGCAUUGAUGAUGAGGAUCUCGGUGUGGUGUUCAAGCUCGGGCUAGCCUCGCAGAACCCCAUUUCGCUAUAG